UAUGGAUUAAUAAGAAGAAUAACAAAUUAGCAGUGUGACUUUUAAAGAUCUUGGUGUUUGUGAAGAGUUGUGCUUAGCAUGUGAGAAGUUAGGAUAUAAAACACCUACUCCGAUUCAAUAAUAAUCAUUACCGUAUACCUUAACAAAAGUAAUUCAAUAUCAAACUUUUAGAAAGACAUAAUUGGUUUGGCAGAGACAGGGUCUGGUAAAACCUUAGCAUUUGGACUUCCAAUAUUGUAGCAUCUAUUAGCAAAUCCAUAGCCUUACUAUGCUUUAAUAUUAUCUCCUACUAGAGAGCUAUGUGUUUAAAUUUAAGAACAUUUCCAAGCAAUUGGAGCUUCUAUAGCAUUAAAAUCUGUAGUUAUUUUGGGGGGAAUGGAUCCUCUAGCUUAAGCUAAAGCUUUAGCAUAAAAACCACAUGUUAUUAUUGGUACACCAGGAAAGAUUCUUUAUCAUCUAGAAAAUACAAAAGGAUUCAAUUUAAAGCAAUUAAAAUUUUUAGUUUUAGAUGAAGCUGAUAAAUUGUUAAAUAUGGAUUUUGAAAGAGAAAUUAAUGCUAUUCUAGAUAUCAUCCCAAAAGAAAGAAAUACUUAUUUAUUUUCAGCCACAAUGACAAAUAAGGUUAGUAAAUUAUAAAGGGCCUCUCUUAAAGAUCCAGUCAAAAUUGAAGUUUCUACAAAAUAUUAGACUGUUUCUACUCUCUAACAAAAUUACUUAUUCAUACCUGAUAAAUACAAAGAAACCUAUUUAGUUUACGUACUGAAUGAAUUAGCAGGAAAUACCUCAAUUGUAUUUGUAGCAACAUGUUAAAUGGCAAUCAAGAUAACUUUACUACUAAGAAAUCUUGGAUUUUAAGCUAUUGCAAUACAUGGAUAAAUGAGUUAAGCCAAAAGAUUAUCAUCAUUUAAUAAAUUCAAAUCAAAGGAAUCUAAUUUAUUAAUUGCUACAGAUGUUGCAAGUAGAGGUCUUGAUAUUCCUUUUGUUGAUUUGGUAAUUAAUUUUGAUAUUCCACAAAAUGCAAAAGAAUAUGUUCACAGAGUUGGUAGAACUGCAAGAGCUGGAAAAUCUGGAAAAGCUAUUAGUCUUGUAACUUAAUAUGAUGUUGAAAUGUUUCAGAAGAUAGAAUAAUUAAUCGAAAAAGAAUUACCUCUCUAUCCUUUAGAGGAAACUGAUGUGAUGAUAUUUUAUGAAAGAGUUUAGGAGGCUAAUGUAUUUAAAUUCUUAUAAUUUUAUAGAGAAUAGCAACUUAAGAAUUAAAAGAUUUAUUGGAAAAAAAGGUGAAGAAGACAGCAGUUGAUGAAGAUGAUUUGGAUGAUAAAAAGAUCAAAUAAAUCAAUAAAAAAAUAUAAAAGGAUUCCAAAUAAAAAAAGGCUGGUUUCAAAAAAAGAUUUAAAUUAGAUGUUUGAUU